AUGGAGGCGGCGGCACUAUCGUGGCAGGACCGUGUCCGUCGAGGGCUGACGAGUGACGAAGUGCGGGCUCGACUGCACACCUACUCGACGCUGUCGGCCAAAUGCAGCGAGUCCAAAGAGACUCAGAAGCAGGUGGGGCAGCUCUUCGGAGGACCUAGGAGCGGAACCGUGUCACGCUUUGCUGGGUCCUCGCUGCUGAACGUUCUGUUCGACGACCUGCGCUCCACCGAUCGGACGCUGCGCAUUGCAGCGGCUCGUGUGCUUUGCCUCAUGGCGUACGAGAACCUGACGAACCAGCAGUUGAUCAUACGCAGUCAGGCCGGAGGAGACGAAGAGAUGGUGGGCGUCACCGUUGGCUGGGUGCACGCCUUCUUCAUCCCGCAGUCGCUGCGAGAUCGGUACGAGGCGCAAUGCGAAGAGCGCGGGCUGUUCACGACCCCCACCGGCUUAAAUGAAUUCGUCUCGAACAUUAUCAAGGACAACUAUGCAUCGGCGUACACUCGAAUCGGACGCUACUAUGCCGGCGGUUGUCGCGAAUUCCUGCCGCUUUGCUGGUUUCAAGCGCUGGUGAACGAUUCAUCCGAAGCAACGGACAUGCUCGACGUCCCCGAUCCGAAUGAAAACCUCGUGGGUUUUUACCUCGUGCCUAGACAAAUGCAGUUCCCAGAGCAAGACGACUGCUUCCUUCAGGAAAUUCUGUCUUCAAUCCGAACAGAAGCAGAGCUUGCACGUCUCCAGCGAGUGCACGCCGCUUUCCAACAAGUCGCAUUCCGAGCGCCAACGAAAGAGGCGAGCUCCGCUGCACUAAAGACUGCACUGGAAGGGAUACUGAAACGCGCAACGGCGGCGAUGGAUAGCAAGGAAGAGGCUUUCAUGAUGAACCAGCAACACUCCAAUCUUUUACGCUGGUUGGAGGCAUCUCCCGAUCGCAAUGUGACCUGGAAUGAGUUGCUGGUUUGGUGCUGCACCGAUAUGAAUUCUGAAGCGUUGCUUAAACGCUUCGGUGCCGAUGCAUGCAGAACUAUUGGUGAUGUUUUUCAAAGGUUAAUGCUUGAUAGUGGAAGUUUACAACGUCAGAAGGAUCAAGUCAAGUCGUGUGUAUGGGAACCUGCUCUGGUCGGCACCUUGUUGAAUCACCCAGACCUCCCGGAAGAGCUCAAAGCAAACAUACAAAGUUUAUCAGGUACUUACGCUAGCCAUCCUGAUCUUCCUCGUAGAAAUUCCCCAACGAAAACGUCCUCUAGCUUGGAUGAUGAAGCGCUGAAUCGUCCGUGGGAGUAUUUGAUGCGGCUCGAGCUGGCGGAGAUCCACCCGAUUAGUUGGAGUGUGUUUCUUAGCAAGUGGCGCCAAAGUGCAGACGCGAAACCCGAAGGAGACGUAGUGCAGAUCUACCACCAAAACGAAAGAAGACACCAUUCUGUCCAUGAAGGUGCACAUUCCUCCGUGCUCGUUGCCCGCAAGAACGCCCUCGUCACGGCGUCUCCCAACCACCGCAUAUUUCACAGCUUUCGCGACUUGAACCAGCUCCGACAGCAACUGCCUUUAAUCACCAAUCGACCGAGUGAGAUCCAGGAGCGGGAACUGGAGGAGAACCGCAAACUAUUUCGUAGAUUACAGGAGUCUUCAACGAAUCUCGACGAGCUUACACGACAACAACUGGAGGAGAAGCGGGUAGCUCGGGGUAAGGCCCACGAGAGAGCUGCAGAGAACCGAAAGAAGAGUGCACAACUCGUUGUCCAGCGUCAACAGGAGCUGGAGCGCACGAAACGCGACAGACAAGUGAAAGUUCAAGAGCGCGCUCGACGUCGAGAGCGUCGGUGGCAGAUUUUAAGUGAAGCGAGGCAAGAGCGACACCAACGUGCCAAAUGGUGGAAGCAGAAUCGUCUCGAAGCUGAAAUCGCACGACAAGAAGAAUUCAUGCAGCGACUGCAGGAGCAACGCGCAGCUGAACGGAGACUAGAAGAGAACCAACUCGCAGCGAUUCAGCCGAAACCGCCUCCACAAACUCCUACUCGUGAACGACAGCAGCCCUGUCCAAGAAGACCCUUGUCUGCCCGAGCGGCUACCGAUCCGCAUAUUGUUCGUGGGCGAGCGAACGUCUAUGGAUGCGCCGCCACUAAAGCCUUCACAGCGCGAAGACCUCAAACGGCUCGACCAGAUUUUUACUCGGGGAACCGCAAUAGCUCCAGCCCUUCUAGACAGCAAUCAGCUAGCUUUCGACGUCGAACCCGUCCAGCUAAUGAUGGGGGUAGUGGAGCUCAAAAUGAAGUCACGAGCGCGUCGUCUCCAGCAGAUUCAAGCGGUAACGCUCGUCAAGCAGGAAGUGUAAAUGCCUGCGAAACUCUCGUAAUGACCAACGCAGCGCAUGCCGUAGCGCAACAAAUCGCCAUUCCGCCUGUAUCAGCUCCAGCUUCUGAAGAAGAAGCGGUGGCUCCGGGCGUGAUCAUGGCGCAGUUCUUGGCGCUGGAGAAGGAGCAGAGGUUCAAACUCCGCGAUCGCUACUGCAUCAAUCGCGUCAGCCACAAGCUCACAUUUGCGGUGCUGCAGCAACUUACCCACGAAGUGCGGCAGGACGCAGCUUGGAGAGAGUUCCUCAGAGCUGCAGGCGGCUCCGUGGGUAUCAACAGCAACAAACAACGAAACAAAAGCAAGCGAGAAGCUAAGGUCACGUAUACAGCGUUUGCUGGUGUGGCGAAUCAGCUGGGCAUCUCCAUGCCUCCGAAGAGGCUCCAAGCUGUGGCACGCAGUCUAGACCCGUGGAAGACUGGCUUCGUCUCGUGGGAAUCGUUCUACACGUGGUGGAGCUCACAAUGCAGUCGAUAG